CAUGCGUUUUGGUUACGCGUAUCACUGUGAAGCUUGUGUUCUCUCCGAAGGGUUGUGCAGUAGUCAAUGGCGCAGUCCGGUGGCAGUCGCCAUUCAAAGAGGGGUAGGUCCGGGCAUUCUCGCCCUCAGCUGCUUUGCACAGAGUCGCGGAGGCCUCCCGGUCAUUCAAACGCCGGUCCGUCCUCGUCCGGGAUAGCUGCUAGGGUAUCUGCACGGCGACGGACGGCACAUCGGUGGGAUUUGCGAGUAUUGUGUGCUGGGGUUGUAUUCCUGAACGACGAUUGCAUUCCUAGUCCUACCGGGGUAACAAUACAAGCUAGUAGCGAAUUUGGUAAUGUCAUGAACCAGGUUCAUUGUCAUUAUUUUGCACUGCACCAAAGCAAUCUUAGGUUUGCUGGGGUUGUAUUCCUGGACCACAUGGAUGCUCAGAGUGGCCUUUGGCAGUGUGAUUGGUGUGCAUUCGAACGAGUUAACAAUACAAACUGGCCCUGAUGCACAACAACUGGUGGUCUUAAGCGAUGAGGGGAGUGAUUCGGACUUUGAUAUAGUAAAACUUGUAAGAAAAUUUCCAAAGCAGGCUAGCUGCUGAUGCUAAUAUUGACAAUAUUGGUUCUAGUUUUCAAGGCAUUUGGGUUAAUCAGUCAUUGAGUACAUACGUAAUGGAGUGUGGUGUACUGGCCUAGUGUUAAAGAUACUGGCUAUUGUUAAUAUGAAAUAGCAAACAAUGCAUACCGGCUUUGGAUUGUAAUAGACUAAUACUGCUUUAAAUUGCAUUCCCAA